AUGGAGGACGCUGGCCGCGAGGGCGCCGCUUCCGCUGCCGCGGAGAAUGGGAUCGAGGGGGACGGCUACGUCGUCGUCAAGGCGGCCGCGGAGGAGGGUCAGGGUGGCCCCGCCGCCGACGCCGCCUCCGGCGAUCGCGGGGAUCUCGCCGAGGACGCGGCGCCGGCUGGAUCUGAGGACGCCCCCACCCCGGCGGUGACGGCGGACGAGACCGCGGCACCGGCCAAGGCGCCGGCCAAGAAGGGCGGAUCCGGGGACGCCGCCGGGGCCAGGAAGGCGAGGCCGCAGAACGGCAGGGUGCCCGCCGGAACCGCCAACGCCUCCGCUGCUCCGAGGGGUAAGAAGCCCGGGGUCCUCUCGCAGAGCGCGUCCUUCCCGGCGCGGGGUGCGACGGGCGUCGCCGCCAAGAAGGCCGCGGCGGCGGUUGCUACGCCCAAGCAGGCCAAGGGCGCCGUGGCCAAUGGAUCAGAGGCGGCAGCAGGCCGGGCGGUGGAGAAGAAGGCGAGUUCGGCGCGGACACCUGGUGCUCGCCGGUCGAUGCCUGUCAAGUCUGGAUCAGUGGAUGCGGCCGCCCCAAAUGACGCAGUUCCCGCUGUCCAAGAAGAGCAACAUGAAAACACUGACAAACCAUUGAAACAAACGCAGCCAGGGAAAACAGAGGAUGACGUGCGCUCCACCACAUCAAGUACCAAUACUCCCCGUGCAGCAGCACGCAAGAGUGCUGCUGCUGCUGCUGCUGCUGGUUUUAGUUUCAGAUUGGAGGAGCGUGCUGAGAAGAGAAAGGAGUUCUUCCAAAAGCUUGAAGAGAAAAUCCACGCACAGGAGCUGGAAAAAACAAAUUUGCAGGAGAAAUCUAAGGAGAGCCAAGAGGCUGAGAUCAAACUGCUGAGGAAGAGCCUGACAUUUAAAGCCACACCUAUGCCAAGCUUUUACAAGGAGCAGGCACCUAAAGUUGAGUUGAAAAAGAUUCCCCCAACACGCGCUAGGUCACCGAAGCUCGGCCGGCACAAGCCAGCCAAUUCUGCUACUGCUGCUUCUGCAGAUGGUUCUGUAUCAUGUGAGAGCCCACGGAGCACUGCAAAUUCGGGCAAGGUAAAUGAAGUUAUGGAGAACAACAAACCUCGUGUCCCUGCUAGAAAACCUGUUCAGAGGCCAGUCACGAAAGCUCAAUCACAAGCGUUUGCCACCACAAAGGCUGAAGCAAGACCUGUAGUUACAAAGCCAAAAAUCUCAAACUCAAAACCUAAGGUUUCAAGGGCAAAGGUUGCGCAAGCGCAAGAAACCCCAGUUGAAGUCCCUCCUUCAGAACCUUCUGCCCCAGAAGAGCUCGUCGUUGGAGAAGCUACAGGUCCUGAUCUGGCUGCACAACUGGUUCCUCCGAAUGAAGUCCCAGUCCAUGGUUGA